AUGCGGGAUAACAUACUACGAGGCAUCAACGUCGCUCUCGUCGUCCGGGGAGAGUCACGGGAUGCCACGGGGUGGGAGUUCAGUGCCGAGUUCUUUACAAGAUGGGGUGUGUUGCUUCAAGGGUGUACUGAAGUGCUGGAAACCACCAACUACUGGCAACAGAGGAGGGAGCAAGAAGACUUGAAUUUAAACUGA